AUGCUGCUGCAUGCCGCGUUAACGCCCGUCAUGAGUGCCACGGAAAUCCCCAUGCUCAUGGUCGGGUUUGUCUCGUCGGUCGUGGCGCUGUGCAAUUGGGCGGGGCAUCUACACCAAGGCGCCGAUCUCGUCGGCAAGGUCGAGCAGGGCAUCCCCAAAGACGACUCGCGCAACCCGUCGGUGAUUGCCGACUUGGUUGGGACAUGGUCGUCGUCUGCGUCGGGAUGGAUGGUCGUCGUCUGCGUCGGGAUGCAGCGCUGA